UGACAGCCCGCUGUACGUUGGUUUAACGUCAUUGCACGUAAUGCAACGUGGAAAAAAAAUAAUAAACACAAAAUCCAUCAUGGCGGCUGACAGUGAUCCCGAGUCGGAGGUGUUUGAGAUCACGGAUUUCACCACCGCGUCGGAGUGGGAAAGGUUCGUGUCCAGAGUUGAGGAGGUGUUGAAUGACUGGAAGCUGAUUGGCAACUCUACAGCCAAGUCCCCAGAGAAGGGUGAAUAUACCAGCGGCACCUGGGGGGAGAAGACUCUGGAUAUCAACUUUGCAGAUUUCAAGUUCUCCAUAACGCAUCACUUCCUGAAGCAGGAGUCUGAUGACUUGGCGGAUGGGAAGGAGGCCGCAGAGGAGGAUGCCUUCCCCAUGGCCAUGCAAGACCUCCUCUGUAUGAACAACGACUUCCCUCCCCGGGCCCACUGCCUGGUCAGAUGGUAUGGCAUGAGAGAGUUUGUGGUCAUAUCCCCAGGAGCAAACUGUGAGGCCAUCGUCAGUGAGUCCAAGUGCAACCUUCUCUUCAGCUCCAUCUCCAUCUCCCUGGCCAACACUGGCUGCCAGGUGCCUGUGUUCGUCCAGAUUCAGCAGAAGUGGCGCAGGAUGUACGCCGGGGAGUGUCAGGGCCCGGGGGUGCGGACCGACUUUGAGAUGGUGCACCUGCGCAAGGUCCCCAACCAGUACAACCACCUCGCCGGCCUGCUGGACAUCUUCAAGUCCAAGAUAGGCUGCCCUCUGACCCCCCUGCCCCCCAUCAACAUCUCCAUCCGCUUCACCUACGUCCUGCAGGACUGGCAGCAGUACUCAUGGCCCCAGCAGCCCCCUGACUUCGACGCUCUCCUCGGAGGCGAGGUGGGAGGCGUGGAGUUCGGGAAGCUUCCUUUCGGCGCCUGUGAGGAUCCAAUCAGUGAGCUUCACCUGGCCACCACGUGGCCUCACCUCACCGAGGGCAUCGUCGUGGACAAUGACGUCUACUCUGACCUGGACCCUCUCCAGGCCCCUCAUUGGUCUGUGCGAGUCCGCAAGGCUGACAACCCCCAAUGCCUGCUGGGAGACUUCCUGACGGAGUUCUUCAAGCUGUGCUGCAGGAAGGAGACCACCGAGGAGGUGCUGGGCCGAGGGGCGGCCGAGGACGAGGGCAAAGACAACAGUGACAUCACGGCCGCCCUGUCGAAGCUCACGGAGCCUGCGGCGGUGCCCAUCCCCAAGCUGUCCGUGUCCAACAUGGUGCACAGCGCCCGCAGACGCAUCCGCCGCCACCGCCGCGUCGACGAGUCUCCGCUCAGCAACGACGUCCUCAACUCCAUACUGCUGUAUCUGUUUCCCGACGCGGCGGUGGAGAAGACGUCCUCCGAGGCGAGCGAGAGCAAGGCCCCGCAGUCGAGCACAGAUGGAAAAGGGGAGCAGGAGAAGGACUCGGACUACAACCUGUUUAACCAGCUGAAGUCAGCGCCCAGCGACAGCCUGACGUACCGCCUGGCUCUGUGCGUGUGCCUGGUGAACUUCUACCACGGCGGGCUGAGGGCCGUGGCUCACCUGUGGCAGGAGUUCGUCCUGGAGAUGCGCUACCGCUGGGAGAACAACCACCUGGUGUACGGGUUGGCCGGUGGCUCCCCUGACCUCCGCUGCUGCCUCCUGCACCAGAAACUUCAGAUGCUCAACUGCUGCAUCGAGAGGAGGCGGGCGAGGGAUGGUGGGCGGCGGGCCCCAGGGCCCGGGAGGGACAGGAAGGCGCCCGGACGCCUGGGCCCCGACAGCGCCGCGCCCGCCGCGGACGGCAGAGAGGUGUCCUCCGGGAAGUCUUGGGACUCGUGGAGCGACAGCGAGGAGGAGUUCUUCGAGUGUCUGAGCGAUACGGACGAGCUGAAGGAGACCAGGGAGCCCAGCAGGAGCAGGGCCGAGGGGCGGCUGCACCCCCACGGAAACAUGACCCUGAUCCACUCCCAGGAGCCCCUCUACAUCCCCGUCACUCAGGAGCCCGCUCCCAUGACAGAGGACCUGCUGGAGGAGCAGUCGGAGGUGCUGGCCAAGCUGGGCACGUCAGCCGAGGGAGCCCACCUCCGCGCCCGCAUGCAGAGCGCCUGCCUGCUGUCAGACAUGGAGUCCUUUAAGGCUGCUAACCCAGGCUGUGCCCUGGAGGACUUUGUGCGCUGGUACUCCCCCAGGGACUACGUGGAGGAGGAGGCGGUGGACGAGCGUGGCGAGGCAGUGGUGCGUGGUGAGCUCAGCGCGCGGAUGAAGAUCCCCGGGAACAUGUGGUCGGAGGCGUGGGACACCGCCAAGGUCACGCCCGCUCGCCGCCAGAGGCGCCUGUUUGACGACACCAAGGAGGCGGAGAAGGUGCUGCACUACCUGUCGGUCCAGAAGCCUGCCGACCUGACCCGUCACCUGCUGCCCUGCGUCCUGCACGCCGCCAUCCUCAAGGAGAAGGAGGAGGAGUCAGUGGAGGAUAUCCCGUCGCUGAGGAAGUUGAUCCUGCAGGUGACGUCUCAUGCUAGCAAGCUGCUGCGACACCCCAGCCCAGACUACAAGAAGCUGGAGGAGGUGAUCAACCAGCUGAUGGUGGUGGAGGCGUUCAUCGCCCGCGCCCGCUCCCUCAAGGCCAAGUUUGGCAUCGGCAAGGGAGAGGGGGGGGAGGAGGGGGAGGAGCUGGAGAGGUUUGUGGGCUCCCUGCUGGAGGAGCCUGAGGUGCUGGUCCUGGGAGCAGGACGAGGACCGGCCGGCAGCAUCAUCCACAAGCUGUUCGUCAGCGCACAGAGGCUGUCUGACUACACCAGCGAUGAGGCCGCGCUAUUGGCCCCGAUGGACGAAGACGCCGGACGGGCGGGCGGUUCGGAGGACCGGCGGUUAGCGGGCGGGGCUGGGGUGCCUGACUUCCCCUCCCCGGCCGGGCGGGAGAUCCUGCUGAGGACGUGCGUGCCCAGGCCCGCGCCGUACUCCAAGGCCCUCCCCCAGCGGCUGUUCUGCGUGCUGAUGAGGGAGGACUUCAGGCUGGCCGGGGCCUUCUCCUCAGACACCUCCUUCUUCUGAGGGGGGGCGGCUCUGGAGGGGGGGUGGACUUCGUCUGACGCUCGAG